AUGAGUGAGCAGCGAAUGAAAAAGAAUAUCGAGAAAGAACAUCUGAGUCCGACCGUUCCCUCCUCACCGCCGUGCAAAGCACUCAUUUCAAGCUGCACGGGCACCAACGAGUUGCUCUGCGGUCGGGUGACGUGCGAGAAGCAAAUUUGCACUUCCCUGUUGUCCACGGGCGUGAUGAAAUUGCUAUGUUGCUACUAUUGGAAGACGAGUCUGAACCCUGAUGCAUUGCUGUUGUACGGCACUGAAAAACGCGAUGGAAGGAGCGGGCCUUGCGCCCCUCGUGCCGCACCCCUUGAGACGCCUCUUCUCUCUUCGUGCCCCCGCGGGCUGGCUGGCUGGCUGGAAGGAACGUGGCAGGCUGCGGAGGGCUGCAACCCCAUCCCUCCGGCGGUUCAACAACAUGAUCCAAGAGAGUGCGGCGCGCGUCGGCGGUAG